AUGUGCAGCAUUGCGUGGAAAUCCCCCAUCUUUGAAUCAAGCAAAGUAGCAAAUGGUAUGGCCGGGUCCUUUGGUCCUCCUUCUUCUCCUUCACGACCUCAAGGACUCAUCCUUCCUGUUUUCCAAGAUCAAUAUACUCUUCAAUUUGUUACCCAAUUAAGCCAAGGAACUCCAAAAGUCACCUUAAAUGUUGUCGUUGAUCUCGGAGGUAAGUUCUUAUCUGUCUAUUCCAGUCAAGGUUGUUCAUCAGUAUCAAAGAAACCGAUCCGUUGCAAGUCACCUCAAUGCUCACUAGCCAGACAAUCAGUUGAUUAUGUACGUUGCCAUAGCAAUACAUGUGACUUUUACACAACCAGUCCAAUAACACAUUCAGCAACCAAGAGUGAGCUCUUUUCAGGUGUUGUAACUGUACAAUCAAGCGAGGUUCGGGAGCCAAUAUCUGGGGCAUGGAUUGCAGGUCCAAAUCUUACCGCUCGUGGGUUUGCAGUCAGUUGUGGAACAACUACUAGUGUCCUGCAUGGACUAGCUAAGGGUGCUAAAGGAUUAGCUGGUCUUGGACGUUCAGGACUUUCCUUGGUUUCUCAAUUUUCAGCUGCUUUUCAAAUCCCUGAAAUAUUUGUUCUAUAUUUAUCACGAUCUGAAAAUGGUUUCAUAUAUUUUGGAAAUGAAACAUAUCUUUUGCAAACCCCUCUAUUUUAUACCCCUCUAUUGGUCAACCCAGGGUUUAGUCGAGGUUCUUUGGCUGCUACUGACAGUGAUUACUUCAUUGAUGUGAAAUCUAUCGAGAUAGACGGUGAAAAUGUCCCCAUAAAUAAAGAAUUAUUGUCCAUUGACAAGAAAAAUGGAGUUGGAGGAACAAAACUUAGCACUGUAGUUCCUUUCACUGUUAUGGAGACAUCAAUAUACAAGGCUUUCAUUGGUAUUUAUAUAAAGAGAGCUAAAGCUAUGAAUUUUCUCAGGGUUGCUUCGGUUGUGCCUUUCAGUGCUUGUUUUAAUGCAUCUACAAUGCCUACGGGAGUGGGAGCAUUAACAUUUUCCAUACCAAAGGUCGAUCUUGUCUUGCCCAACAAAUUGAGAUGGCAGAUGACUCGGCCAGAUAAUAUUUUGGUUUAUCUUCCGGGUAAUUUGGUGGUGUGCUUGACAUUUGCAGAUGGCGGUGCAAAACCGAGGACUUCGAUUGUUAUUGGUGGGAAGCAGUUGCUAUACACCGUUCUACAAUUCGAUAUUCCAAGAUCAAGAUUAGGAUUCAGUGCAGGGCUUCAAGUCUGA